AUGACGAGGCUGUUUCCAACAGGGGCGGCGAAGAGCGGCGGCGGGAAGGGUGUCGGUGGGGCAGCCAGUGGCAGCGGGGGCUGGGAAGGCGGGGCGCUGCAGCAAGGAGAAGGUGAGCGGUGGCUGGUGGCGACUCGGUGGCCAAGCGGUAGAGCUAGGGUGGCAGUUCUCGGUGGCAACAAGGGUUGGGCGGGGAGCAGAGGUUCCUGGCGGCGGCGACAGCAAGGGCCGGGCGGGGAGCAGAGGUUCCCGACGGCUGCGACAGCAAGGGUCGGGCGGUGGGGAGCUCCGGUAGGGAGGCAAGCACUGCGGGUUCCGACGGGGAUUGAUCUAGGUGGCAGUCGAGGUAGCGGCAGUGGCAGUGGUGGGGAGCUGCAGGGAGGCUGGGAGGCAUGGACGCAGUGGCAGGGGUCGGGGACCAACAGGCGGCGGGGAGUCGAGGAGACGUGGACGCAACGAUGGGCGACCGACGGGAACGACAGGGGCCGGCGAGGCCGAGAGUCGGCAGGGAGCCGGAGGUUGCCGGUGGCAGGUACCGGUCUGACAGGGUGA